CUCAACAAUACCAUAAUAAAACACCCUUUGGCAUAGUCUCCUUUUGUAUCGUGGAAUAGCGUACACCAUACAAUAAUACCACAAUGAACCCACUACGCUACAUGGCGCCCCCGCGCCCAUUCACAGAAAUUUCCACCUCCACAACCAAAGAAAUCAAGGAGAGGAUCAGCUAUGUGGACUCCAUGAAAGCGAACCCUCACUUCAAAAUCUCCGAAGAAAGGGAGGAAGCUCUUUUUGAAUACCUGGAAGCCUGCCACACAUUGACCAAUGGCUCUCCCACCAAAGAAGAGCGCGAAGUUGCCCAAGCAUGCAUCAGGGAAUAUGAAAAAUCGCUCGAGAACAACGAGCCAGCCCGGCUGUCCUUUGAUCUUGCGACCAAAACCAAACUAGGCGAAGAGCUCGACAACCUGUGGAAUAUGUGGACAUUCAACAGAUACGAAAAGUACCUUCCCGAGGACAUAAUUAAGGAUGCUAAGAACCACCCUUCGUCUCAAGUGUCUGAUCCCUGGCACAAGGCAUUCUGGAGACCUUUCAACGGACGUCUUGAAGCGGAGAAAGCCUCCUUCGACAAGGUCUUGGUAGGACAAAAUUAUCAUAACGAGUGCCCGACUUUCCUUUUGCUGGCGCUCCUGUGUGAACGCCACACGGUUGAUUGGGAUGAGACCCUUCAGUUGAUCAAGGCUUGCGCUAGUGAAGGUGACAAGGUCGAUCUCCCCGCGGUGGAUCUUGUUGAGUUCCUCAAGAAACGCGAUGUGACUGGUUUAGCGACUAGAUUGGACCGUGAUGAGGCAAGCAUCUCGCUUUCUACGGAGUAUGUUAUGGGCGUUGGAUCAUUGGUUCUGGCCUUCUUCGCCUCUCAUCUUCCGGAAUUUUUGUUCGAUAGAGAUGAGGUUGACCCGGCGGAUUGGACACCGAAGGAGUCCUUGAAGGUCCUGCUCGAUCUCGAUGAGGCACAUGUUGAGAAGACCUUCCGGUUCAUGAUGCAGGAGAUGUUCCACAAGAUGGCCGAUGGUGACUCGGAUGAGGAUGAUGAUGAUGAUGUUUACGAUGAUUGGGACAAUGAUGAUGACUCUGACGACGACAUUGUUAUGAGUGAUGAGUCCGACGACUAUUAAGUGUGUGCUAAUCUGGCGAUUUUGCUUUCCGAUUUGUU